ACUCUUCGUUACUAUCGAAGCUCCUUGUCGUAACAAAAGGAUCGAUCAGUUUCUCCGAUUCAUUUGGAUUUCGUAGCCUCUCGUUCUUGUUACCAUUUUCACUGCUCUGAGCUUUUGGGUAAUACCAUGGCUUCUUUUGCCGCUUCAAAUGCUGUGGCUUUCAAAGCCGCCGGUGUCUCAGACAAGUUUGGUGGCAUCACUAACACCAAAGCCGGUCAGCUGCGCCAAUGCUCUCCAAUCCAUGUAGCCAAAAUGGGUCACCUCCGUCCUCUUUUGGCUCUUCACUGCAGAUCGAACUCUUCACCGAGUUCGUCUGGUAUAAGAGUCCAUGCUGCUACUCUCGAGGAAGCUGGAACUCGUACAGCCCAGAAUGUGGAGGCUCCUGUUGUCAUUGUGACUGGAGCAUCCAGAGGCAUUGGCCGAGCAAUUGCAUUGACUUUGGGUAAAGCAGGUUGCAAGGUUCUGGUUAAUUAUGCAAGGUCAUCCAAGGAAGCAGAGGAGGUUUCCAAGGAGAUUGAGGCUCUCGGUGGACAGGCUCUCGCCUUUGGGGGAGAUGUUUCUAAGGAAGGUGACGUGGAGUCUAUGAUUAAAACUGCAGUUGAUGCUUGGGGAACUGUUGAUGUGUUAGUAAAUAAUGCAGGAAUCACUAGAGAUGGUUUGUUAAUGAGAAUGAAGACAUCUCAAUGGCAGGAGGUCAUUGAUCUGAAUCUCACCGCUGUUUUUCUUUGCACACAAGCAGCAGCCAAAAUUAUGAUGAAGAAGAAAAAGGGAAGGAUAAUUAAUAUUGCAUCAGUUGUUGGUCUCAUUGGGAAUGUUGGUCAAACUAAUUAUAGUGCUGCAAAAGCAGGGGUCAUUGGUCUGACAAAAACUGUUGCAAGGGAAUAUGCUGGCAGAAACAUCAAUGUUAAUGCAGUUGCCCCUGGAUUCAUUGCAUCUGACUUGACUGCCAAGCUAGGACCUGACAUUGAGAAGAAGUUUCUGGAGGCAAUUCCCUUGGGAAGAUAUGGCCAACCAGAAGAAGUCGCUGGACUGGUGGAAUUCUUGGCUCUUGAUCCUGCUGCCAGUUACAUCACUGGACAGGUAUUAACCAUAGAUGGAGGGAUGGUGAUGUGAAUCAGCGAUUUCGUGCUACUGGCCACAGAAUCUUGACUUCUGCAGUAUGGCACUUGCGCAGUAUUUCAUUCUAGGACAGUUUUUUCAUCAUAUUAUCGAACCGAUUGAGUUCAGUUAUGUGAUUAAUUUUGAAUAAUAUGUUUUUAUUAAAAAUGAAUUAUAUAAGAAGGGAUUCCGAAUAUAACAAUACAUGUGUGACAUAAGUGAUACUUUGUAGGGGUAUA